CGUCCUUACACCAUUUUAAAGGUGGCAUGCUUUUUGUGUUCGGAAUUAUAUCGCUCCUUUGACACUCUCGUAAUCUUCCCGAAUUCUGAACAAACACCCUAGUUGCGCCCUUACCCCUCGGGUUCCUCGCAUCUGUCCCUUCGCCCUUCGUCCUUGAAAAGACUCGUGCGCCUGUUGCCUGCGACCUCCCAUCCCAACACGGGGAAGAUAUAAAUGGGGAUCUGUGCUUCCUGCCUGGGGGGCAAUCGCCGAGAAAAUCACGAUUCCGAGUCCUCGCGCCUGCUUGAUGAAGACCUCUAUCAACCUGGAUACGGCUACGGAGCACUCAAUCACACCCAGCAAGCCAACCAACCGGACCCAGGGUAUUUGAAACGCGAGCGAGAGGCGCUCGAAGCGAUCUGUCAACGAGCAUCGGAUUCUGUCAUUGAUAUCUGGUCUCUUCAACCGCAACAUCUCCUCCAACCCCAAGCAACCCUUCACAACUCCUCCUCGAAAGGCUCCGCACAACCUCCGGUAACAGUCACAACCACGGUCCCUACAGAGCCAAAUGCGCCAAACCAGCCCACAUCGACGAAGCGAAUCACAGCUCCAAAACACUGGGGCGAGGUUGUGAUCAACCCGCGCAAUGGCAAGAACUCACGGCCUGGCUCUAGCGCCAACGAAGAUGGCGACAAGGACGUCUUUGGGGUUUUGAAGGUUUGUUAA